CUGAUUUUGAUUGGGUCUGACCUGAGGCCGUCCGGCGUGAAUGACCCACCAGCUAGAGUCGGACAUUUCUGACGCUGAUCACAGCUUCCACAACCUCUUCAACAUCACUUUUCCAGCUGCGUGCACUCUGUCAUAGGUGACGCACAUUCGAGAAACGUAGCAUGAGCCAGCCCUCGUCGACGGCCGCGCCUUCUACGUCCUCCAACCAACCAAACCCCAAUCGCAGCGUGGUGAACGGAUCUGGCAAACCCAAGGCCACUCCAUUCAACUACGCUGCAGCCGCAGGAAAGGCCAAAGUCGCCGCUGCAUCACCUAACACUGGAUCUCCUGCUACCGGUAGCAACGGCCACAGCAGGACGAACAGCACCGUGUCAGGUGACACCGCUGCUCUCACGGGUGACAAGGCACUUCGCAGAGCACCAAGUAGCGAGCAAUCUAGGAGCGCCACCGAGGUGGCCAAACAGGGACCUGUUCAGAAUACGACAGCUCCUAUUGGCUCAGCCGCACCCAAUGCCACUCGCACCACACAGGGAUCCACCAGCUCGCAUACAUCCAUGCCGAGCAAUCUGAACCCUGCCCCUUCAAGCCAAGCCAGCCAAGCCAGCAACGCGCCCACUGCCAACGGCGCUCGAGAGCACAUCCGGCGAGAGUCUGCUGUCAGCCUUUCAAGAGGACCCGUCAACGGUCUGAGAGCAGCUGCCGGAAUCAACUUCGGUUCAGUCGCAGAUCAGAACUCUGUUCUCUCUUCCUCCCCUGCUGCUCAACCACCUUCGGGACAACACCUCAAAGGUAGUCAACCGACGCAGUUUGGAAGUCUCGCCGCAGAAGUGGCAGACUCGAAGCCGCGCGAAAAGGUUAUGGGUUUUAAGGCCGGUAGUGGCGGCAGCGCAGGUGACGCAAGCACCGCUACCUCCCCAUCCAUUGCUAACAUCGCAACAACCACAGAGGAAGCUAGUGCUGGCGCGAAGGCUCCCGCUGCAGCACCCAAGAAGACAUUGGACUUCAACAAGCUGUUUCAAGGCAAUGGCUCCAAUGCUUCGUCUUCAACGGCAACUCCCGGCGGAGCCGCUGCGGUCAGCAACGGUAACGCGGCUUCUGCAUCGCCUGUGACAUCCACGGCCACCGGACCCGUCGGCGUCGGCUCUCCUCAGCAGCCACAUCCGCCUGCUGGUGCUGCUCCCGUUCCGAACGGCCCGAACAGACCAUCUGCUCUGCGUGCACCUGCCCAGGGCCCUCACGCAGGAGCGAGAAGCUUUGAGCCUCAACGAUCUCCUUCACAUCCUCAGCACCAGGUCGGCGCUCCUGGUGCGCGCGGACCCUCGGGCGUGGCACCACCCGGCAGUCCCUUCCAGCCCCAGCAAUAUGCACAACAUGGAGGGCAGCAGCCGAGAUCACCUCACUUGCCACAAGCGCAGGCUAUGCACCAUCCUAUGCACGGCAUGCAGAGCCCUCCCUGGGCUCAAGGACAUGCGAGCCACCAGCAGUUUGGACAAGUAGGGCAGCAGAUGUACUACCCUCAGAUGUAUCAAGGGCCUCACUACCACCCACAACAGCACCCGAACCAGCCACACCCCCAGCACUGGGGAGGUCCUGGCACGCCCUACGACAUGCCGCGAUCGCCUCGCAACGUACCAGCUUCCCUCAUGGGAGCCCCAAACGGCGUGCCAGGCACACCGGGUCUUGCAUCUCCCGCUGCGAACAGAGCUGUCCCUGCUACACCGACGGGUCCUCACCCUUCUCAACUCGGCAUGGGCCCUGCACCAGGCGCUAGGCCGCAAGGUUAUUCAGGACCAAGCGGAGGAUACUCGCACUCCCCCUCGGCUUCAUUCAAUGGUGGCAACCCAAUGAGCCCGUCUGCCAGGCAGUUCGAGCCAUCAAAGAGGAUAAGCAGCGCGAUAGCUAUCGUCAACCCAGAGACGCGAGCUGAAGUGGAUGUAAAACCUCAGCCAGGUGCUUCUGGCACCUCUUCUGCUGCUCAAACUCCCACUUCAAGUGUGCCCCAGCCUUCCACGCCCACUACCUCUGUUGGAUCACCCGUCACAAAGAGUGCUACACCGGCAGCAGCGCCUGCGAGCGCACCUGCGAAGAGUAAGAUCACGACUACCGCUGCGUUCCAAGCUCAGGUGCAGGCUGCGGCAGCGGAGGCUAAGCGCAAGAAGGCGGCAGAGGCUGCUGCUGCUGAAGAGCUAGCGACAAAGGAGAAGGAGGCUGCGGCAGCUAAGAAGGCGGCCGAGGAGGAAGCAGAGAAGCAACGCUUGGCUGACGAGGAAGAGGCGCGGAACAAGCGCGAGGCUGAAGAGAAGGCCAAAGCUGAGGCUGCAGCUAAGGAGGCUGAAGAGAAGGCUGCUGCCGAGCGCAAGGCCAAGCAAGAGGCAGAAGCUAAGAAGGCCGAAGAGAAGGCUGCUGCCGAGCGCAAAGAGCGCGAGGAGCGCGAGGCCAAGGAAGCCGAAGCCCAAGCUGAAGUGGAGCGCGAGGCAAAGGCGGCUGCUGAAGCUCAAGCUGCGGCGAGCAAGGCUGCCGAGGCUGCUUCUGGUGACAACUCGCAAAAGUCUCGCGAGGGGUCGCCAGUCGCAUCGCGCCCGACGGCCAUCGAUCUUAGCAAAGCUAAAGGCAGUGAUGAAGGAAGCGAGAAGAAGCUCGUCCCUCCUCCCUUGUCUACGCGUCGCUCGGUCGCCGACAUUGAACGCAUUGCCAACGAAGCUUCUUCCAUGCCUCCCACUCCUCUUGAUGCGCCUCCUCGUACCCCGGCUGUGCCCAACACGCCCCGCACGCCUGGCACACCCGGAUUUGGCGGUUUGCCAGCCAAGCCCAUGAGCGCGUACAACGUCAACACGCCAGUCAAGCUUGAUGCCGAAGCGAUGGAGAAGCGCAAGCGUCCUGGCGUUUCGCCACUCGAUCUGAGCACAGCCACGAAAGCGGCCUCGGUAGAUGCACCCAUGUCGGCUGCUUUGCAGUCAUUAGGCUCAGCUCGUUUCAUUGAGGACAUCAGCAAGGUCUCAUACCCAGCCAAAAUCAGCUCGCCCAAGCCUGAACUCAACGAAUCCGCAGAACCCGGCAAAUUCCGGUACGACAGGGACUUUUUGCUUCAGUUCAUGGGCGUCUUCAAAGAGAAGCCUCAGGACUUGCCUCCCCUCUCCGCUCUGGGCAUGGACGCCUCGCAAGCACAAGGCUCAAGAGCUCCAAGCGGGCGCCGCACCUCUGGCAUGGGCCCUCCUGCACCGCCUGGCCGUGCAGGCUCCGUUGGUCUGGGUCUCGGUGGCGGCUCGAACUUUGGAGGGAAGGGAGCAGCUGGCGGUAUGGGCCAAUUCGCACACCCCAAGACCAGCGAAGAACGAUUCGCAGCGUCUUCUGCUCGUGGUCAAAUGGGAAACUUCGGUGGCCCCAUGGGCUCUUUCAACGCUGGUGCGAGGUCACAGCCGCUUUCAAGACCUGCGAGCGGCAGCAAUGCUAUACCCUCUCGCGACAUGAUGGGCAGCGGCAUGCCUGCAGGGGGCAGGUCGAAAUCAGGCCGAGGGCGGGCACCAAACCCCAACGCUGGUCGUGGCCCGCAGGUCAACCCGCCGGAGAAAGGCGGACCGACGAUCCCGAUGGACCAGGUCGCACCUUUGGCCAUGUCAGAGAACAGAUGGCAAGGUGGACGUGGUGCUGCUGCGCCCAAGGCCGACUCUCCGGAAAUGGUCACGCGUAAAGUCAAGGCUUUGCUGAACAAGCUCACGCUCGAAAAGUUCGAUAGCAUUUCGUCUCAAAUUCUCGAUUGGGCGAACAAGUCCACUGAGGAGACCGACGGUCGGACAUUGAGGCAAGUCAUUGCUCUUAUCUUUGAGAAGGCUACCGAUGAGGCUGCCUUCUCCGAGAUGUACGCACGGCUGUGUCGAAGGCUAAUGGAGGAGGUCAGCGCUGAAGUCAAGGACGAGAACUUGACGGGCUCAGACAGCAAGCCUGUAACGGGCGGUAACUUGUUCCGCAAGUACCUCAUCAACCGCUGUCAAGAGGACUUUGAGCGAGGCUGGGCACAGCGUGACGCUACGCUCGCAGCUGCCAAGGGCAAAGAAGCGGAGGACAAGGCGAAAAAGGCUAGCAAUGAGGCAGCUGAAGCGGAUGCCAAAGAGGCCGAAGAGCGGGGCGAGAAGGUCGCUGCGCCAAAAGAGGCUGAGCUGUUGUCGGACGAGUACUACGCAGCAGCGAAAGCAAAGCGUCGGGGUCUCGGUCUCGUGCGCUUCAUUGGUGAGCUCUACAAGCUGUCCAUGCUUACAGAGCGCAUCAUGCAUCUUUGCGUCAAGAAGCUGCUUCACAACACUACGGACCCCGAAGAGGAGGAGAUUGAAAGUCUUUGCAAGCUUUUGACUACGGUCGGCAAACUGCUGGACACGGCAAAGGCCGAGGCGCACAUCGAUAUCUACUUCCAGCGCAUGCGGGAGAUGAAAGAAGCGCCGACGAUCAACUCGAGAAUGGCCUUCAUGCUUCAAGAUGUCAUCGAGUUGAGGGCAGGUGGCUGGGUGCCCAGGCACGACAACUCUGCGCCCAAGACGAUCGCCGAGAUUCACCAGGAUGCAGCAAAGCAAAAGGCACAGAGCGAGGCCGAAAAUGCCGCGCGUGCUGCUCGCGGCGGACCUAUCCAGCGCGGCGGCUCACGGCGAGGCCAAGCUCGCGGCGACUUUGGCGGACCAGGCGCCCAAGGUCCAGAUGGUUGGAACACGGUUCCCGCAGCUCCUCGUCAGAGCAAGGCUGGAGAUCUUACCGCGUUCGGUAAAGUCACACGUAGCGACUCUAAUCGGCCGAUGGGCAUGGGACCCCAAAGCGUGUUUGCGCGCAAGAAUCAAAAAUCUGAGGAUGGCAGCAACCCGCCUUCGCGCACGAAUUCUUCUGCCAACAUGUUCAACUUGUUGAAUCAGCCAGAUGCGGCCGACUCCGCUGCCGCGCAACAGAACGCCGCAGCAGGGGGCAACGAACCUCAACGGCCGAAACUCAACUUGGCACCUCGGACCAAGCCCAUGCCCGGUGACGGCAAGGCGGACGAUGCGGCUGUGACCAAAGAUGCCGAUGAAGCUCAGGCAGACGAAGCAGAACUCAGCGACGAGGAGGCCAAGCGCAAGAUCAGCAAUGACGUCAAGGAAUUCAUCGAGUUGCGCGAUGUGUCCGAAGGCAAGAUGGCACUGGAGAGUCUGCCGUCGAGCCGGAGAGGCGAAUUUGUGGCAAAGAUCGUCGAAGUCAUCCUGAACAAGAAGCAGGAUGACGUGCGGGAUGUUUGCAAGCUAUUCAUUGCCGCCACGGCGUCGGAUCUCAUCUCCGAAGAGGCAUUCGUCGAAGGACUCAAGGACCAGGUCGCCUUCCUCGAUGAUCUUGCUGUCGACAUUCCUCAAGCGUACACAUUCGUUGCCAUGCUUGUCAACGCCGCCGGCUUGCCGCAGGAGAGGAUAGAGUCGCUCGCUGACACGAUAGAGGGUGACGGUCUCAAGCCUCCGAAGCAAAAGUUCCUCGAGAAGAUCGAGUCCACCAAAAGUGGUUGACACUGCGCCGAGCAAAGAUUUCGGACAUGCACAUCCACAAGACUUUGCCAGUAUGCUGUCGUCACCACACACGCCAUGCACAUGUUCGCGCAGUAGCUGCGAGAGCCCAUACACGGCUUCAAGCUCGUCAUUUGCGCCAUCCUAUGCCGUCACGCAUCACCCUCCCCUUCCGUCUCUUCAUACUACUAUUUGGAAUCACGACUUGCGCGUGAAGCUUUUCUUCUUUCCGUCUGCAUGCGCUUCUCAAUCGAAUGCGUCUUUUUCCUCGAG